AUGUUCCUAGUCACAUAUACCACAACACAGUCUGUCAGCUUUCAACUACGGUUCAGUGUUAAGCCAAUGACUAAACACGUUCAAACCACCUUGACGAAAGAAGACACUGAAAAAUACAUUACAUAUUACCCACAUUCUGGGCUUCACAAUCAACGACUCGCCUUAAUUAACGCCAUUGUUCUCGCCAAGGCUAUGAAUCGUACAUUGAUUCUUCCAGAAAUCAAUGUUGGUAGAGCAACCUCUUGGGCCCCAUACUACCGAUAUGAACAAAAGAUUGCCAUUUGUCCUACUUACUAUAAAACCGCUGAUGACUGUGCUGAUUUCCGUAGAUACGUUCCUCUUCCUGCUGAAGCUAUCUUUGAUCUCAGUGCUGCUCGCGCACAAGGCGUUCGUAUCAUUUAUCGUACUAGUAUGUCUACAACAUACUUUCAAGAUGAAUGGUCUGCUACUGACGAUGAUAUCUACCGUAUAAAGGAUGAAAUUCGCCUCUCUUACCGCUUAUAUGACUCAAAGGAAAACAAUGACAGUAUGCGUAACUUUACGGAACGUGUGGAUAUGCAAGACUUGGCUGAACGACAAGAAAGGUUUAUCGUCUUUGGUUCAUUGCACUACACGCACCGAUUGGCUCUGAGUGACCCUCAACUGAUCUGGUUCAGACAUCAUCUCCAGCAAGAAGUGAGUAUUGGCCACCCGGUAGUGAUCAAACAAGCCUUACGAGUUCUUUCCAAGUUGGGUGGACCUGACAACUUCGUUGGUGUUCACUUGCGUCAAGGCGAUGGUUUCUUCAAGAGAGCAAUGGCAGAAACAGUAAACGCUGUCAGAUUGGCUUUGGAACAGGACACUCUAUCCAACAUGCAAACAGAUCAAGUAACUAUUCCAAACACACGCCCUCUUACGGAUGAAGAAGAAAACAUGGUUCAAGAACUACAGCAAAUUAGAAACCCCGACGCCCUUUUAGUCCAGUGCCUCAAGAUCCAUCGCAAGGAUAACCAUCCAAGACUGCGCCUUAUCUACAUGGCUACUGAUACUCGUCAGCCACGUACGACACUCAGUGGUUUACACCAAGAGUUCCCUUGUCUGUUUACCUUGUCUGACUUUCCUGAUAUCAUUCAAGACAUCUUGAGUGCUCAGCCCAUGGCUAUUGGUGAUAAAUAUAUUGACAGCGUCUAUGAGCGAGUAGGCACUACUAUCAACUCACUCUUGAUUCCUAUGGUUGAUGCAGAGAUCACUUCACAUGGCUCAGCCUUCAUUGGUACAAAGAAGAGUACCUUUUCUAGCUACAUCUUUAAUAGAUACAAUCGAUUUCAAAGCAUGUAUGCACCACUUGUAAUUUAA